AACACUGUUGUUUACACUAUUGCCGGUAAUGUAGGGACCGGAAACAUUUCGUGCUAGCUCACUGGCGGAGGUUUUCUCUCUUCUCGCUCAAAUUUCAAGAUGGCUCGAGGCCCGAAAAAACAUUUGAAGCGUUUAAAUGCGCCCAAGGCAUGGAUGUUGGACAAGUUGGGAGGUGUGUUUGCACCUCGUCCAUCCACUGGGCCACAUAAGCUGAGGGAGUCUCUCCCGUUGGUGAUUUUCCUGCGUAACCGCUUGAAGUAUGCUCUGACCAACUCAGAGGUGACUAAGAUUGUUAUGCAGAGAUUGAUUAAGGUUGAUGGCAAGGUUAGGACUGACCCCAACUACCCAGCUGGUUUCAUGGAUGUUAUCACUAUUGAAAAGACUGGUGAGUUCUUCCGUCUGAUCUAUGACGUUAAAGGCCGUUUCACCAUCCAUCGUAUUACUGCUGAGGAAGCUAAAUACAAGCUGUGCAAAGUCAGGAGGGUACAAACUGGUCCUAAGGGCAUUCCAUUCAUCACCACUCAUGAUGGACGCACUAUUCGCUAUCCUGAUCCCAAUGUGAAAGUAAACGAUACCAUCCAGCUGGAAAUCGCCACCUCCAAGAUCUUAGACUUUAUCAAGUUUGACGCCGGAAACUUGUGCAUGAUCACCGGAGGCCGUAAUUUGGGGCGUGUUGGUACUGUCGUCAACAGGGAACGUCAUCCUGGUUCCUUCGAUAUUGUGCAUAUUAAGGAUGCUCAAGGACAUACUUUUGCUACCAGAUUGAACAAUGUGUUCAUCAUUGGUAAGGGUACGAAGGCAUUCGUGUCGCUGCCGCGCGGCAAGGGUAUCAAACUCACCAUCGCUGAGGAACGAGAUAAGAGGUUGGCUGCCAAGUCGCACUAAGAUGUUGAGCUAUAAAUUAAUAAUAAAAAACAUACAUAAA